AUAUUUCUAGUCUGUUUUAGAUUGAAAUAGGAUAAGAGAAGUUAUGAGUGUUAAAGAGGCUUCCUCUACUACACUCUACCCACUAUUUAUUGCCAAAAUUGACCACUCUUCAUCUUCCAAAAAUUUUGCUUAGAAGAAGAGUUUGGCAUGUUAUGCCCAAGAUAUACUUCAAUUCACUCGAGUAUGUUUGAUGACAGGUGGACAUACUAUUGGCCUUGCUAGAUGCGUAACAUUCAGAGAUCACAUCUACAAUGAUUCCGACAUUGAUGCCUCCUUUGCCAAGUCCCUGCAGAGCAAGUGCCCCAGAAGUGGAAAUGACGAUUUACUCGAACCCCUUGACCUUCAAACUCCUACCCAUUUUGAUAACCUAUACUUCCAGAAUUUACUGGACAAAAAGGGUCUUCUCCAUUCCGAUCAGAAGCUGUUCAAUGGUGAUUCCACCAACAAACUGGUGAAGAAAUAUGCUACCAAUACAGCUGCAUUCUUUAAAGACUUUGCCAAGGGCAUGGUCAAAAUGAGCAAUAUCAAGCCUCUAACAGGAAGCGAGGGGCAGAUCAGAAUCAAUUGCAGGAAAGUCAAUUAAGCAUUAGCGUACUAUAUAUGUCUAUCCAUACUUAUAUUUAUCUCCAAUGAUCCAUCUUUCUUUACAAAAUUAUGUAUUCUCUAAUCUCUGGCUGCCAAGCGACCUGGUUUAUAUCAAUAAACUACCUCGUAUUAUGUUUCUAUA